UUUCAGGGAGAACAGUUCUCCAAACUUGAAAAAGUCGACAUCUUGGAAAUGACGGUUAAAUAUCUCCGUUUCCUGCACCAGCAACAGCAGGUGAACCUUACAAGUGACUCAUUGGGAAGCAAGUACCGUGUUCCGUUGGAUUUAUCCGCUGAAGUCUUGCGUUACAUGAACAGCGAUGAGACGAGAAACCGUUUGACCGACCACAUUAGUAAAUGUGUUCGGGUUAGCAACGUGGCCGCUGCGACCCAGAAUUUACCAAACAGUACAACACACCCUUCGUCAACGUCUUCCCCCACUGCGGCAACCACGGCAACCAUUUCCGCUGCUGUGCCUCACCAAAUCAACGCAACCCCUCAGACCAACGACCGCGUCCAUCAUACUCAUCACACAGGUCCCUUCGUUGACAAACCGUCAGCGCACAUUAUGUUACCCAUCGCAUCAAAACAGUCCGAGAGCAGCUUCUUACUCGCAGCCGCAUCGUCUGAUUCCCAAUACAAAACCGUUGCUGUAUCAUACACCCCGUAACAUCAGACAACACACUUGCAAGUACCAACCAUCCAUCACAUGUUGUUACUUCGCCAAUCUCAUCAGUCACAGCUCUCAGCCCAGCUGCAUCACCCUCAAUCCUACAUAUGAAGGCACUCGUCCCUGACAACAGCGUAAACCCGGAAUUGUUACUUAUCUCCAGUUCCGCUUUAUGUGAGCAGUAUCGGUCAGAUAGCUAACCCAAACACAGCAAACGUUGCCGUUUUUACACACAACAAAUAAAAAGGAACGCUUCACCUGAUCCCAGUAAAAUUCUUCCUUUGUGGAGGCCUUGGUAAAGCGAAACAUUGCUGGACUAUUUGUUAAAUAUGGCGUACAUUAUACGAGGAUAAAAAACGGUCUUUGCAUAUAUAUAUAUCUGUAUAUAUAUAUAAUAUA